GUAUUGCACAGAACCCAAACAUUCCAGAAGCAAUCACGUCGUUAUGGGUAAACGAUCAAAAUUAUACAACGGGUCAUUUGCGCACAGUCAUCUAACGCAGUGGGUGACUAUUUUCGGUGUCUUUCUCGUAUGUUCCGUAUCCGGUUCCAUGAUUUAUGGCGGAUCUGCAGAUAAAAUCGCAAACAUGCCGUAUAUAGUGUCUCUCAACGCCCCAAAACUGAAAGACUACAAUGGUUUCUUUUGUGGAGGAACACUUAUCGCCCCCAAGUGGGUCCUCACAGCUGCUCACUGCGCGAAACAUGUGGAAGCUCAUGAGAUGUUUGUUCGUGCCGGUUCACGGUACAGCCACCGAGGGGGACAGGUUCGAAAUGUGACCAGAUCUAUAGUACAUGAACUUUACGGUCUUGAAACUCGCAAAGAUCGCGAUUUCGCUCUGCUGGAACUCAACUCACCAUUCAUCGGUGGGAACACUGUGCAAACGGUGGAUCUAUCCGAUCACAGAGAUAAAUAUGCUCCGGGAGAGUUGUGUGUUGCUAGUGGCUGGGGAAGAACGGAAAAAUCCAAGAGAGCGAUGAAACGUCUACGAAGCGUUAUGGUACCGCUAGUUAGUCACGAUCGUUGUAAAGCAGCCUAUGCCAGAUACGACAGCGUAAUCUCCAACCAGAUGUUGUGCGCAGGAGCAUCCGGAAUAGAUAGCUGUACGGGAGACUCCGGAGGACCACUGGUGUGCAGAAACAAAUUGGUCGGAGUUAUUUCGUGGGGACGCGGUUGUGGGAAGAAAACUGUAUACGGAGUAUAUGGGAACGUCUCUUUAGCUAGGGUUUGGAUUCUUUUUAAUUCGGACGUUUAGCUUGUUAUGUUGAAUAAAAAAUCAAUCUGAAAGCUA